CGUCAUUCGCCUCUUGCGAUCCCUCUCUUCCAUUGGCUCUCUCCAGUUUUAGUCCUUCAUCUCUUUCGAUCGAGAUUGCGUCCAUAUCCGAGGGGCUAGGUCUGAGUUCUAUCUACUUUUUCUCCGCCUCCGUCUUCCCUAGCUAAAAACUCCGAUCCAGUUUUAGGGCAGAGAUCUAGGGAGACCUCUGUUAGGUGGCUUCGGCGUUUGGAGAGGGAGGGUAAAUACCAUGUUGAAGCCUGGUCUUAAGAUAAUGUCUCAUGAUCAACAUGUUUGUGAAACAAGAAAGCGUAUUAGAGGUGACGAUGAUGAUGAAAUGGAACUCAAUAUUAUAGUUACUGGCUUUAUCAUUGUACUAGUGGGAGCAUGGUAUAAAAAGUAUAGGGUGAAGGAAGUACCUUGGAACGAACAAGAACGUGCUAGAAAAAGAGCAUAUUGGGUGGAUUCAUUAAUGAAUGGUAGAAUUUGUAGAGAUCAAUUGCGUAUGGAUAAGAGGUGUUUUGACAAGUUGUGUCACAUCUUACAUUUCAAAGGAGGUCUUGUGACUACUAGACAUGUCAUGGUGAGAGAAGUGGUGGCAUUCUUUCUUCAUACACUUGCACAUGACCUCAAAAAUAGAACUAUUGGAGCUGUGUUCACUCGCUCCGGUGAAACAGUGAGUCGUCAUUUUCAUAUGGUGCUACACGCUGUAAUGAAGAUAGGCAAGUACUACAUUAAGCAAGUUGACUCAACUGUAAGCUAUGCUAGAGAUAAUAGAUGGAAAUGGUUUGAGGGAGCACUUGAUGGGACACAUAUACAAAUGACUGUCCCAAUUAAAGACCGACCUAGAUAUCGAGACAGGAAAGGUGAUAUUAGCACUAAUGUCUUAGCCACUUGUGAUUGAGGGCCAAUAAAUGAUUAAUUCCCCG